UCCACGACCUCACACACACGAGAGAGAGAGAGAGAGAAAUGGAGCCAAACUGCAACCAAUCCAUUCAACACUUCAGUCAUCCUCACCCUCUAGAGCUUAUCAAUCUCCAACAGCAACAACCCACUUUCAAUAUGCCUCUAUGUGCAAUGUGCAAGCUCCAACACUCUGGAUUGAUCUACAUCUGCAAAACCUGCAAUUUCAUCCUCCAUAUUUCAUGCUCUCAAAGACCUCAGCUCAUCAACCACCCAUCAGACCCCAACCACCUACUCACUCUCCUUCCUUUCCCAGCAUACCCAGAUGGAACCUUCACCUGCGAUGCCUGCGGCCUCCAAGACAACGGCUUCUGCUAUCACUGCAAAGCUUGCACCCUUGACUUGCAUAUCCACUGUGCUUCCAUGCCCAUAUCACUCAACCACAAAGCCCAUCCCCACACUCUUAUCCUCUCCAUCCGCCGUCCGACAUUUCUCACUUGUGAUAUGUGUCGCAGGGAAAUCACGGCAAACCAGUGGUCUUAUGGUUGCCGGCCCUGCGAUUUCGAUGGCCAUCUGAGUUGUGCUUCCAUGCCCAUGUCACUCAACCACCAAGCCCACCCACACACUAGUCGUCUCUCCAUCUGCCGUCAAACAUCUCUCACUUGUGAUAUGUGUUGUGGGGACGUCGAGGUAAACCAGUGGUCCUAUGAGUGUCGGGCAUGCGAUUUCAAUGCCCAUCUGAGUUGUGCCAGUAAUCCACACGCUCAAGCUGCAAAUAUGGGCGGUGGCGGUGGGAGCAAUGCUGAAGCUACUUCUUUAGAUAUUGAGAGACUCAGCAUUCAAAUAACGGCGCAAGGAAUAAGGAAUGCUAUAGACGGAUCCAAUCUCAAUGUCGAUGUCAUAUACAUACCUAGACGUUAA